AUGGCCAGUCUCAAACACCGCCACGCCGAACUGAGAAGUACCAUAUUCACCGUGUGCCUCUGUUUCGGCCUCCUCCUCUCCACCAACCGUGUUACUGCUGUGCGCGACGCUACGACAGCACAGCAUUUCGCCGGUUUACGCGACAAUCUCCUCGGAUCCACACCAGGAAUUGUUACCGUUACUAGUAAUCACGGAACCGAGAGUAAUCCGUCGUUAGAAUCCGCGGUUCGUGAAGCCGUUGCAGCUGACGCAGAAGCCGCAAAAGCUCUAGCGGAGUACGAAGAUGCGAAGAAGUUUCUCGAAGAAAAGAAGAUGGACGCGGAGGGAUUGAGCGCGGAAGUGUCUAGAGUGCGCCUGCAGGCGGAGGAAAUGGCUCUCGACUGCGCCGUAAUGACCGCGGACGUCGAGGAAUUAGCGCAGCUGGCGCGAAAACGCUCCGCGGACCUGAAGCGCGCGGAAGAGGUGGCGGAAAAGGCUGGAGCAUUAGCGGCAGGCAAGCGGAAGGUGGCGGACGAAGCUUCCGCAUCCGAGCGCGCAGAAGCGGUGCGAAAAGCGGAGGAGGCGGAAGCAAUGGCGGAAGAAGCCAAGGAGGACGCACAGGAUCUGUGGGAAGCGUACUCGCGGGAAGAAUCCGACGUGGAACUUUCUGUGGUUGAUAUUGAAUCGGAGGAGACUAAUAUCAAGGAUUUAAAUGCCGCAGCAUCUCGCCUUGAGGAGGAAUAUCGGAAGAGUGUGACUGCAGUGGAGGUCGCUAAAGCGAAGGUGGCGGAACUGAAGGUUCUGGCGGAGGAGAAGGUGGCGCUUGCGAAAGCAAUGCGAGCUGCUCUGAGGAAAGGCGGAAAGGGGAACAGCCGAGAUGAAACGACAGCCACCCAAUAG